AUGUCGAGCUUCAUCCCCUCAUCGUUUCGGCCAUCGCCAGGCUCGGGCACACUGCGCCACGGAAGAUUCGAUCGCUACCACAUGGACGACAAGGGCAAAUCAGCCAGAUCCUCGCCGCAUCGGAACGACCACUACCAAGAUCACGAAGAUGAGGACGAGCAGUUUGUCCUGUCGAUUGCAGGCACACCAAUAAAGGAGGAAACGCCCAAGCUAACCGCCUCUCGACAAAGUAAUUUGGCUAGCUCAUGGGCAAGCUUCGAAUCUAAAGAUUCUCGAGACUCGAAGACAAACUCUGGUAUGUUGAGAAAUGACCUGCAGGCAACCGCUUCAGAGAUGACGACCGGAAAAUUAGACGCGGAUAUGGAACGCAGUCGCCCGAUUGCUAUCGAGAUGCCGGCGAAGCGGAUGGUCGGAAAGCAGCAGGCACCAACCCCGACGGCACCGUUGUCAGCACGGGGAGAUCUGCCAGGGGGUUAUUUUCCUGAACAUGAGGAUCGGAAGCGGGUUCAUCGUACCCAUCCUUUUCAUGCAGACAUCAAGGAAGCCCGGAAGAAAUCGAUUGCCAGGGCCGGGGUAGACUGCAGCCCAGAGCUUGGAGAUGGCUCGCUGAGGCAUGGCAGUUCAUCCAAUACCUUGUCCUCAUCGGUAGCUGCCGGACUGGCUGCUCAAGAUGGCGGGUCUGGAAGCUCCGGUCUCAUCAGUGCCAUGGCGGCAAAGAGUCGUUCUUCCUCGGUUGACCACUCUAGCUCGCCAUCAAUUUCCGCGUACAACCCUACUGGUGCCGAAGACAACCUGCUGCCGAUGGGUAAAUAUUACCCGACAAACUGGGAGGCCCGCAAGAAAGCGAAACGGGCGAAGCAGGCAUCAGCGAAGGAACAGCCGCAUCAUGCGGGAGCAUCACCCGACGGUUACUUUCCCAAGCAACCUAGUCCUUCCAUGUCACCUAGAAUUGCCUCUCCCUCGUCAUCGGUCAUGUCAAAACCCGAGAACCCCGCAGUAACGCGGGCAAAAGCACCUCAACUCAAAGGUCACAGCCGGUCUGACUCCGAAGCUAGGCGCCGUCUGCAGCAAUACCAGCGUGACAUGAUCACACAGACCAGCCUGGGCGCGCACAGGGUCCUCGGCACCCAGAUCCAACAGCUUGGUGCAGAUGAAGUUUUCCAGGCGCUUAAUCAGCUCCCAGCUCUUCAUAACUUGCAUUUACCUCCCAGAUCUCGGGGGGAUGUCUCAUCGGGAACAUCACAGUUACCCUCCAACGCACUUGCAGGCAGCUAUCUUACGGCUGUUCAGUAUAACAUCCUGUCCAAGCCGGCCUCGCCUCGCUUGCAACCCCUUGGAAGCCCCGGUGGUCCCGUGACGCCCAUGGAUCUCAGCUCAGCCUCCGAAGAUAAGAGCCUGGGGGCGGCAGGACGACCAAGGAUGCCGGCUAGCAUCAACACAGCACCAGCCCGCGAUCGGCGACAUAUCAGUCAAGGAUCUUUUCCUUUCGGACAAGUGGAUUCGUAA